AUAUAUAUUUACACCUCCUGAUCUAUUAGAAAAACUCUAUUCCUUCUUUUCUUUUCUUUCCCCUUCUCCUUCUCUCUUUCUCCUCCAAUGGCUAAGACUUCUCUUAUUUUUUGUUUUGUUUGUGUUGCUUUGGCACUGAUAAGCUUCUCUACUGCUUCUGAUAUUGAUUUUUCUAAAUCAAGAAAGCCACCAAUUGUCAAGUUUUAUGAGAUCAAAAAGGGAGAUUUCUCAGUGAAGUUCACCAACUGGGGUGCCACCAUUGUCUCAGUUUUUCUCCCUGACAGAGAAGGGACGUUGGCUGAUGUUGUUCUUGGUUAUGAUAAGAUCUCAUCAUACACGAAUGACACAACAUACUUUGGUGCCACAGUAGGAAGAGUUGCUAACAGGAUUGGUGGGGCCAAAUUUACCCUGGAUGGAAAAACAUAUAAAUUAUUUGCCAAUGAUGGAAAUAACUCACUCCAUGGUGGUCAUAGAGGAUUUGGUGAUGUGAUUUGGACUGUGAAGAAGUACAAGCCAGAGAGUCACCACCCUUAUAUCACGUUCAGCUAUCACAGUUUUGAUGGCGAACAAGGUUUUCCAGGUGAUGUUGCUGUAACUGUAACAUAUAUGAUCCAUGGGGAGAACAAGUUGACUGUGAACAUGAAAGCCAAAGCCAUCAACAAGGCCACCCCAAUAAAUCUGGCUCAACAUGCCUACUGGAACCUUGGUGGUCAUAACAGUGGUGAUAUCUUAUCCAAUACAGUUCAAAUCUUUGGUUCUCAUAUAACUCCGGUCGACGAAAAUCUGAUUCCGACCGGCAAGAUCAUAUCAGUGAAGGGCACACCAUAUGAUUUCACAAAACCGGCGAUCAUCGGAAGCAAGAUCAAUCAGCUUCCUAAUGGAUAUGACACCAAUUAUGCCCUAGAUAAGGAGAGCAGACACAGGCGCCACUUACUGAAGAAGGCAGCCAUGGUUUACAAUAGCAAGUCAGGAAGAAUGUUGGAGCUGUGGACUAAUCAGCCCGGGCUACAGUUUUACACUGGAAAUAUGAUUACAAGUGUGGAAGGGAAAGAUGGAGCAGUGUACCAUAAGUAUGGAGCAUUGUGUUUGGAGACUCAAGGGUUUCCUGAUUCUGUGAAUUACCCUAAUUUCCCUUCACAGAUUGUGCAUCCAGGGAAGAAAUAUAAGCAUGUUAUGGUUUUUAGGUUCUCAACUAGAAAAUAAGGAAAUUAUGGGAGAUUUGAUAGAGGUGGAGGGGAGAAGAAACUUGGUCAAUUGAGUUAGUAGUGUUAAUUGUGUCAUUUCAAAUUUCUUGUUUAAACACUAAAGAAUAUAAUGUGGGAUGCUUUAGUUUCAUUUUUGAACUCUUAAGUUAUGUUUUCUUCUAUCACUUUCAUUUUUUUAACAAAAGGAAA